AUGGAAUCUCUUUAGGUUUGAAUGUUAUAAUUAAUAAUCCAAUCUCAAAUAGUCAGUAGAACUCUCUCUCUCUCUCUCCGUACGCAAAAGAAUUGGGCCCAAGACCGUGAGAAGGUGCCAAGUAUAGCGAGCGCAUUCCCGGCGCAUUCUAGCAACGGCCACUUCACAUUACGUCCUCGGCCAUUCUACCCCAAAAAGAUGCGUCUUUGUCCACUUUCUCUCCCCAACGCAACAAAAUCCUUGUCAAAUUUCUCAGUUCCCAACAAUUCUUAUGCGAUUUAACUUGGAUCUAUCGUAUUAACAAACCCAGCAUUUCUGAAUUUCGUCAUAUUUUUCAUUUCUAAUUUGUGUUCUGAUUGCCGGGCAGAAGCUUGAAUCUUGAAAGCACCUCAACUGCACAAUUAAAACAAUUUUCAGGUUCUUGUGAGGAAAUCUUGAGCUCUUGGCAGGAUGGAAGAUAGUGUAUUUGGUUGGAUACUAACAUAAUCUAAAAGAUAAAAGCUGUUAAUCUUGGUGUUUUGAGCAUGAUGGAUGAUGAGGAUGAUGUUACUUACCGUUCCGAUACUUACACCGCGAAUGGCCAAAAGUUCCCGGUCGAAAAUGCCAGCUAUCCUCGAGAUGUUGGCAAUUCGUAUGGAGAAGAUGAUGACAAUGAUGACGACGAUGAUGAAGAAGAUGACGAGAAGGCAAUAAACGAUGUAGAUGACGAAGAUGAGGAUGAUGAUGACGAUGAUGAUGGAGGUAAUGGUGUUCAAAGGAUAAGUAACAAUGAGUAUGAGUAUGGCGAUGAAGAUGACAACAAUGACGACGACAAUGGUGAUCAGCAGCGCCACCCAAAGAAGAGGAAGCUGAAGAAUCUCAUCUCAAGUUACGAGUUUGCCCCUCGACUGCCGGCUCCUCCACCUGCUGCUCCGUCAGCUCCGAAACCCUCAUACGGGGGGCGUAAUCCCCUCACUGAUUGGACCGAGCACGAGACGUUGGUCUUACUCGACGCUUGGGGAGAUAGGUUUCUCAAACACGGGAGGAAGAGUCUGCGCUCCGAGGAGUGGCAAGAAGUUGCUGAGAAGGUAUCACAGGGAUCAAAAAUCGAAAGAACCGACACUCAGUGUCGAAACCGUCUCGAUACAUUGAAGAAGAAGUACAAAAAGGAGAAGAUGAAGUUUGGCGAUUCCGGAAGUGAGUGGGUAUAUUUCAAGAAGAUCGAUGCACUGUUAUCGUCAUCACAAGUGCAGCAAACCGGUCUUUCGUGUGGGAUCGACUCGGGAGAGUACGUAUUCAUGAACCCUAAAGUUUAUCUGAAUCGCUCGAAUGGAUUGGAUGAGAUGAGGGACAGCCCGGGAAACUCAACCGAGGGCGAGGAAGAUGAGUCUGAGGGCCUUCCUCCCAAGAAGACGACAAGGAAUGGUAAAAUCAGAGGCAGUGCGGCUUCCUUCAAGAUGUUGGCCGAUUCUUUCCAUAAAUUUAGUGAAAUAUAUGAAAGGAUUGAGGAUAGUAAGAGGCAGCAGAUGGUAGAGCUAGAGAAGAUGAGGAUGGACUUCCACAGAGAUUUGGAGUUGCAGAAGAGAGAGAUUCUAGAGAGAGGUCAAGCCGAGAUAGCUAAGAUCCGACAAGGAGAGGACGAAGAAAACACUGCAUCCGCUGAGAAUAUGAGUGGUUAAAGCCAAGGUACUUGUGUUUGGUAGCCUCUGCUUGAUUAUUAUUUGGAGAUGAUCGACUAGUUGCAGCUGUUGUAUUAUAGUCAUCUGCGCGAAAUAAAACUUAGGUCGUCAAACUAAUUAUGUAGGUAUAUCGUGGAUCAUUAUUUUUAUGAAGCUGCAUUUUCUAGCGUGCUUGCGCCA